UCUUCAUCUUCUCUAUUUGAAUAUUCAUCAUAAACUCAUCUCUCUCUCUCUCUCUCUCUCUCUCUCUCCUCGUCACCGUGAUACAGUUUUAGUUUCUCUUCUUCUCUGCGGCUGGGCAAACCCAAGGAAAACCGUGAAGAUGCAGAAGAUUUUGGGAACAGCGAGUGCGAGGGCAGUAUCGGGAAGAGAAGCAAUGUUGAAGAGGCAUGAUCGUCUUCUUCAAAGCCUCUCAAAUUCCAAUCCAAGGCUAGCGCAUUCAUCAAGCACGGCUCUUCCACUUGAGGAAAACAACGACGCCCUAAUUCCCAAAAUGCCCCAAUUCGACUACACUCCCCCUCCUUACACCGGACCCCCUGCCUCCGAGAUCCUGAAGAAACGCCUCCGCUACCUCAGCCCCUCCUUCUUCCACUUAUACACUCAUCCCUUGAAUUUGGUUGAUGGAAAGAUGCAGUACUUGUUUGACGAGAACGGGCGGCGAUACCUGGACGCCUUCGGAGGAAUUGCUACUGUAUGUUGCGGCCACUGUCACCCUGAUGUGGUGGAAGCCAUUGUUAACCAGACAAACCGAUUGCAGCACUCCACCAUCCUCUAUUUAAAUGCUGCCGUUGCCGAAUUUGCCGAGGCAUUAGCAUCCAAGAUGCCUGGUGAUCUCAAGGUUGUUUUCUUUACGAAUUCUGGGACUGAAGCCAAUGAGCUGGCUUUGAUGAUGGCUCGGUUGUAUUCGGGCAGCCAUGAUAUUGUUUCGAUUAGGAAUGGUUAUCAUGGGAAUGCAGCCGCCACAAUGGGUGCUACUGCUCAAUGUAACUAUAAAUUUAAUGUUGUACAGACUGGAAUUCACCAUGCCCUGAACCCAGAUCAAUACAGAGGUGUCUUUGGGUCGGAUGGAUCAAAAUAUGCGAAAGAUGUUGAAGAUGUCAUUGCUUAUGGAACUUGUGGUCGUGUUGGAGGCUUUAUUGCAGAAGCUAUACAGGGAGUGGGUGGAAUUUUAGAGUUGGCCGCUGGUUACUUGCCAUCUGUGUAUAGCAGCAUUAGAAAGGCUGGAGGACUUUGUAUUGCUGAUGAGGUCCAGUCAGGUUUUGGUCGCACAGGUAGCCACUUUUGGGGAUUUGAGGCCCACGGUGUUGUGCCUGAUAUUGUGACUAUGGCUAAGGGCAUUGGAAAUGGCCUUCCCCUUGGUGCGGUGGUAACUACUCCUGAGAUUGCAAAGGUGUUGACUUAUCGUUGCUAUUUUAAUACCUUCGGAGGGAAUCCUGUGAGUACUGCUGGUGGGCUAGCUGUUCUGAGAGUACUUGAGAAAGAAAAGCUUCAAGAGAAUGCAUUCGCUGUGGGAUCAUAUCUGAAAGAGCGUCUGACAUCCCUUAAAGAAAAGCAUGAAAUUAUUGGGGAUGUCAGGGGACGAGGUUUGAUGCUAGGGAUUGAACUUGUAACUGAUCGUGAGUUAAAAACUCCAGCCAAGGCUGAAACUGUGCAUAUAAUGGAACAGAUGAAAGAAAUGGGAGUGCUGAUUGGGAAAGGCGGGUUUCAUGGGAAUGUGUUUAGGAUUACUCCCCCCCUCUGCUUCACCAAAGAAGAUGCUGAUUUUCUUGUGGGUGUGAUGGACUAUGCAAUGUUGAAGCUGUGAGGUGUAUGUGGUAAAUUGGAUGACGAUGUCUGUUUGAUCAUCAGCAACUUGAUACAAUAAAUAUGUGCUGGAGACUGGAAGGGGGUAAUUCAUAAUAUAUUUUUGCAGUUUAGUUAUAUCAGAAAUAAAAUGCUGUUGUCUAGCAAGGAGAAGAUGAGACACCACCUCGUUGUCUCUGUCUCUCUUCGUUGUCUUGGAUCAAGAACGAACUUAUAUAAAAAAAUGAUAUUUUCAGAUCAGCAAUCUGCUCAACUAUUUGGCAAUAUAUAAAUUUUGCUUGUGAUCAAA